GCUUAUUCACUCAAAAAUCAAAAUAGAUUGUAUUCUGGCUUAUACAAUAAUACAUUAUUUGGUACAAUGAAAGAAAGAGGUGAGUGGUUACCUGAAAAAUCAGGUUCUUACUCGACAAAAUCUUUAGCAAAAUGCUUUCCCCAAUACAAUUCCUCUGGGUGGCUCAAACAGAUUUGGCAAUCGAAAACUGCUCCUAAACAGAAAAAUUUCCUUUGGAGAUCUGCUGUUGGUGCACUGGAUCAUGUGGAGUUUGUGGACUGCUUUUUGAAGAUCUUCGAUUCUUAGCAAAAGAAAGUCUAUAUCAAGGCGAUUACUGAAGCAAGGCAGUGGCAGAGUGCGCAAAUUGACAUUCCCACUCUGACUCUGCAAUUAGCAAUCGAUUUCGCCACCUUGAGGUUCGACUGAUUUUACCUGUAGCGUGGAUGCUGCUUCUUCAGGGCUGAGCGGGGAUCCUCAAAGAUCCAUCGGGGUUGCUUAUCUCCCAGGACUCCUCCUCUAUUGAGGACUUUGGAAUUGACGGUACAUCACUUUUGAAAAUAAUAAAUACCAUCAAUUAUGUAGAUAUUGGUACCAAAACAACAAAAACGCUCAUAGUGAAACGUGUCAUUGGCCAUACCUUUUAAAAGCAAUUUUGAGGCAGAAACAAAACAAAAGGAGUUUAUACUCUCUAAACUGAGUUGCGUCUUCUUCUUUUCUUUUUGCAUCACAUUCUCUCUCUUUUUUUUUCUUUUUUUUUUUUUUGUUUCUUCUGUUUCAUAGAGAUGGCUGUUCCGAUUCGUUUCUUCGAGCUGAACACUGGUGCCAAGUUACCUUCGGUCGGUCUCGGAACCUACGCCAUGGCUCCGGAAUCGAUCGAACAGGCGAUUAAGAUUGGGUACAGGCAUAUCGACUGUGCAUCUAUUUACGGUAACGAGAAAGAGAUUGGUGGUGUAUUGAAGAAGCUGAUAGAUGAUGGUUUCGUGAAGCGUCAGGAGUUAUUUAUCACUUCCAAGCUCUGGUGCAAUGAUCAUUUGCCUGAAGAUGUGCCUAAGGCACUUGACAAAACAUUACAGGACUUACAGAUUGACUAUGUUGAUCUAUAUCUGAUACAUUGGCCAGUGAGCACGAAGAUGGAAUCGACUACGCCAGCACCUGAAAUGCUCACUAAACCUGAUAUACCAAGUACAUGGAAAGCUAUGGAAGCUCUGUAUGACUCUGGAAAAGCUAAGGCAAUUGGUGUGAGCAAUUUCUCGUCGAAGAAGCUCAAAGAUCUUCUUGAUGUGGCACGUGUAACCCCUGCUGUUAACCAAGUGGAGUGUAACCCAGUUUGGCAGCAACAUGGUCUUCAUGAGCUAUGCAAAUCCAAAGGAGUUCACUUAUCUGGUUACUCUCCUUUGGGUUCCCAAACUAAAGGAGAAGUCAGGCUAAAGGUUCUUCAGAACCAGAUUGUCUCCGAGGUUGCAGAGAAACUUGGAAGAAGCACUGCUCAAGUGGCUCUCCGUUGGGGACUCCAAAUGGGUCAUAGUGUUCUACCAAAGAGCUCAAGCGAGGCUCGGCUCAAGGAGAACCUUGAUGUUUUUGACUGGUCUAUACCUGAAGAUCUGAUUGCCAAGUUCUCUAACAUUCCCCAGGAAAAGUUAGUCCGAGCUGCUGAGUUUGUGCAUGAGACAUACGGCGUCUAUAAGACCCUCGAUGAGUUAUGGGACGGUGAAAUUUGAGAUAACUUCCCUCCUCUCUAUCUGUAAAACCAAUAAGGACAUGGAAAAUAAAUAUGUAAUGUUUUUGUAAUCCUUCCAUGAGAAACACUAAACACAUAAGGAUUUCAUGAGGUUUGACAAAUGUUAUUACUCUGCAGUCUUCAAACAAUAAAAUGAUUUCAACAUAA